UGUUUGGAGAUUGAAUUUUAAAUGUUUUUUUCAUAAAAAUUUCAAAAGAUCUUUUUUUCAGGUCCUAUCGUUUAUGAAUGGUGUCCAAGAAAAAUAAUAAUAAGGCCAAAUGUUUUGAUGAUGAAACAUACAACAUUCAAUACAGAAUGGAUGCAGUUACAAUGGCUAAUGCGUCACAGACGAUCAUCAAAUCGAAUAUCGAUGAUGACAAUGAACCGAAUCUUUCAUUAUUCUAUCUAGUCACUUCGGCAAGUCUAUUCAGUGCAUUCAUACCAGUUAUAGUUUCGUUGUUAUUAAACCUACUCACGUGGGAUAGUCAAAUGGAACAAUCAUUAAAACGACAAGUGUCCGAUCUGAAAGAAGAACUUGGUUCAAUAAAUAUGACCGAUGAAUUUGCCAAAUAUUCAAAGAUACAACGAAAAUUGAUCAAAAUAACCGAUGAAUUGAAAAAUAAAAAUAAUCGGCAAUUCAUUUAUCAGACCAAAACCCGAAUGAUAUUGUACGCUGUUUCGUAUGGAAUAUCAGCAAUAGCAUUUUUCACCAUUCAUUGGACAUUUAGUGGACAACCAGUAAUCAUUUUCAAUGGCAAUCAAUCCAAUGAUCUGUUUUAUCCAUUGGGUCCUUUAUUAUCAUUUCCAACCGGACAAUCAAAUUGUUUAAGCAUAACGGCAUGGUUUUUCAUAUCCGGUUUCGUUUUUCGAAUGUUGGCCCGAGGAUUGUUUUGAUUUAUUCUUUUCGAUUCAUUGAUUUUUUGUGGCGCCAUUGUCAUUUAUGAUUUUAUACGAUAGAUGGCAGCAAAGUCUCGGGGUUUGAUUUUUUUUUGAAAUGUGAUAAAUCGAUUGAUAAUCUACUAGUAAUCUAUUAUUAUGUAAAUAAAUACAGUGAACAUGUCACCAAA